AUGUCCAUCUGCCAGCGUCGUGAGCUGGUUUCCCAGAAACGCUUAUGCUGGAAUUGCUUCCGUACUGGACACCAAGCCAGGAACUGUACCUCCGUGUUCUCCUGCCGUAACUGCUAUGAAAAACACCAGUCCCUGUUGCACGAUCCAAUACCGUCGAACAUGCAAUAUACUCCUGUCGUGGCAGCAAGCCAGCCUCUUCCCUGGACGUCCGCCAUCGCUGACGCUUUCAGCUCGGUGAAUUCGAACAGCCAAGUGAGCCUGUCGGUCCAGGCUGAACACAGCACAGUUUUGCUGGAAACGGUUUGCCUCCUCGUCGUAGAUCGGAACGGCAAGGAAAUACCCGUACGCGCACUUCUAGAUUCCGGAUCCAUGUGCAACUUAAUCACCAAUAAGCUUGCAAAUUCCUUGGAUCUUCGACGCACCAAGGUGGAUAUCGCAGUAGCUGGUAUAGGUGAAUCCACCAAACAUAUCAAGUGCCAAUUGACUGCUAGGAUCAAGUCGAAGUCGACACCGUACUCCACCAAGCUUAAGUUCCUGAUCCUCAAGAGAUCGACGGUCAACCUUCCAACCGCUCCAAUCGACAUUUCUGCGUGGAAUAUUCCCAAGUUGUCGUUGGCACUUGAUUGGCACCCCAGAUUCCAUAUUUCAUCCGACAUUGACAUGGUUGUCGGUGGUGAAGCGUACCACGAGCUGCAUCCUGGCAGCAAUCGUUCCCUGGGAGAGGGAUUACCGUUGCUAAUAGAAACAGUGUUUGGAUGGACUGUUUCCGGGAAGAUAUCCAUCGAUCAUCCCACCGUUCACCGCGUCUGCCAUCUGACCACUGUCGAUCAAAGCUCAGAACAAGAGGUGCAGAAAUUCUGGGAUCUAGAAGCUGUUGAGUCGUUUUCUGCGUAUUCCGUAGAAGAAAUACAGUGUGAAGAAACUUACGCUACUACCACCACUCGCGAUUCGUCCGGUCGUUAUCUCGUUCGUUUGCCACUCACCCAUGAUCCGCUAAUCAAUCUCGGCGAAUCCCGAGCCAUCGCCGAACGUCGUUUCCUGAGCCCUGAGAAGCGACUAGAGCGUGACAUACCCACCAAGGACGCAUACUGCAAGUUUAUGGACGAAUAUGCACGAAUGGCGCACAUGAAGAAGCUCGCCGAUCCAGUAGACGAUGUGAACCCGCACUGCUACCUCCCGCACCAUCCUGUGUUCAAAGAAUCCAGCACAACCACGAAGGUCCGAGCUGUUUUCGACGCAUCGUGCAAAACAUCGUCAGGAUUUUCCGUCAACAAUAAGCAGCUCAUUGGACCUGUCGUCCAAGAAGACCUGUUGUCUAUCGUCAUGAGGUUCCGCACACACCCGAUUGCCAUUGUAGCCGACAUCGAGAAGAUGUACCGACAGAUUCAGCUGCAUCCCGAAGACCGACCGCUUCAACGCAUUCUCUGGCGUUCCAACCGCGACGAUCCGCUCAUAGCGUACGAGCUCCAAACCGUUACGUACGGUUUUGCAUCCGCGCCAUUCCUAGCAACUCGCACCCUCCUACAAGUUGCACAGGACGAAGGCGACAAGUACCCCGCCUCCGCUGAUGCUGUGAAACAGGAUUUUUACGUCGAUGACUUUUUAUCGGGAGCUGACGAUGUCCAAUCCGCAAUCCGCCUUCGCCAAGAAGUUUCCGCCAUGCUUACGUCAGCUGGCCUUCCGUUAAAGAAGUGGGCAUCCAAUUCCUCCGAAGUCCUUGCGCAAGUCCCGCAAGAAGAUCUCGCUCUACUGCCACUGCAUGAUCUUCAGGACGAACAAUCUGUAUCCACCCUAGGACUCGUGUGGGAGCCUAAGUCUGAUACGAUGCGCUUCAAGGUCCAGUUGUCUCUACCAGCACCCGUUCUGACCAAAAGGAAGGUCAUGUCCUACAUUGCGCAGAUCUUCGACCCACUAGGACUAGUUGGCCCGACAAUCACCGUAGCGAAACUGUUCAUGCAGCGUCUGUGCGAAUGGAAGGAGUUCCAUGGUACGCUAGACGCAAUCUCCACAAUCCGCAUUCCCAGAUUCGUGUCGCAGGUCAAGACCGAAACCAUCCAGCUCCACUUUUUCUACGAUGCUUCAGAGAAGGCAUAUGGCGCAUGCUGCUACGUUCGGUCUGAAUCCGCUGCAGGAAUUCGGGUUCAGCUGCUAACGUCAAAAUCCAAGGUCGCACCGUUAGCCACCUACCAAUCGAUUGCGCGCCUAGAGUUAUGUGCCGCCGUGUUGUCGGCUAGUCUAUAUGAGAAGGUGAUGAAGUCCCUUAAGACAGCGUGCGAAGUGUUCUUCUGGGUUGAUUCGACGAUCGUGCCCAUCGCGCUGGAAAACGUUCGUGGCAAACCGAGUGUCCACAAUUCAAUCCACUACUGGAUCUUGCUCCUGGCAGCACGUUCCCGGAGAAUCCAACCCUGCAGACCUUAUAUCCCGAGGUGUCAAUCCGGCCGAUAUCGUGAACCUCGAGUUUUGGUGGAUAGGACCGCAAUGGCUAUCGGUUUCAUCACACCACUGGCCACGCACUGUGCUGCCAGCGUGCGAUUUGUCCACAAUGCCGGAGAGCAAAGGCAACGUCGCCAUGAUGUCGGUAGCAGUUGCCAACCAUCUUUCUCCGCUCGACUUUUCAGUCGCUACUCCAGCUUUACGAAGCUACGACGAUCCAUCGCGUAUUGGAUGCGAUAUUUCCGCUCUCUACGAGCUGCCGUCCAGAAGACGAAACCAGAGCCGUUUGAGUCUCUUUCCACACCUGAUCUACGCGAUGCUGAUCUAGCAUUGUGUCGAAUUGCCCAACGUGAGAUGUUCUCCAAGGAGCUAUCCAAGAUAUCCCAACGUAAUCUCCUUCCAGCAUCGUUGAAGUGGCUGAAACCGGUGAUGUAUAAAGACGGUGUGAUUCGAGUCGGUGGAAGACUCAAGCACGCCGCAGUUUCGGAAGAAGUGAAGCACCCGAUAAUGCUGCUUGCGAAGCACCCGCUAUCCAUGUUGUUGUCAGAGCACUACCACUACAAUCUGCUGCACGUAGGACCACAGCUGACGUUAACCACGAUGCGCCAGAAAUUCUGGGUGAUUGGAGGACGCGAUCUCGUUCGCCGCGCAUACCAUCAGUGCCACACGUGUUUUCGUAGCAAGCCCCGUUUGAUCCAGCAAACCGUAGCAGACUUGCCGUCCUCGCGAGUUUCGCCAACCAGACCGUUUUCCGUAUGCGGUGUAGACUAUUUAUCGGACCUAUCUACGCCAGCCUUUCUGGCUGCCCUUCGCCGUUUCGUCGCCCGCAGAGGACGAAUGAGGGAGAUCCAUAGCGACAACGGCACCGCAUUCAAGGGAGCGUCCAACGAGCUCAACCGAAUCCACCAGAUGCUAAAGUCCGAUCAAGGUGGACGAAAGCAGAUCCUCGAUUGGUAUUCCGAGAAUGAGAUCACGUGGCGAUUCAUUCCACCUCGCGCUCCGCACUUCGGCGGUCUGUGGGAGGCAGCCGUCAAGUCAGCUAAGCACCAUCUGCUGCGUGAGAUCGGCUGUGUGAACGUCGGACAUGAUAACCAUACUCACCCAGAUCGAGAUGUGUCUAAACUCCAGACCGCGAUACCGUCCGAUCCGUCAGACCUGGAAGCUCUGACCCCAGGCCAUUUCCUGGUGGGAGCCAGCCUACAAGCCGUUCCAGAACCGUCACUUUGCGGUGUACCCGACAAUCGACUUUCACAUUGGCAGCUCACCCAGAAGCGUCAGCUGCAGUCACGAGCCACGAAGCAGUACCCCAAGGUCACCAUUGAACCCGGACGAGUUGUGGUGAUCAAGGACGAAUGUCUGCCGCCAACUCAAUGGCCACUCGGAAAAAUCAUCCAGGUACACCCGAACAAGGAUGGAAUCGUUCGCGUUGUCACCCUGAAAACCGCCACAUCCGAUUCAGUUGUCCGUCCAGUCGUGAAACUGGCCUUGCUUCCGACACCGGAAACGCAGUCCACACCGUCUGAUCCCAGUUCGGAUGAAGAAUAG